AUGGAGGGUCAACCAGCUAAACGUAGACGUGUUUACUCACUUGAACCCAACAAAGUGGUACAAGCAGCGUUUGCUAGAAACUACAUGAACUAUUUGGUUCCAGCUUUGAUCAAGAUUAAAGAUAGGACUACUUCUUCGGAACAUAGAAGCCAUUGUGAUAUUCACAAUGUUGUUAAGUAUGAAGUGGACAUGGCAAUGGUGUUCUCAGCCCAAGGUUUUGCAUGGAGCAAUGCUCUAAGUGUCAAGCUUCAAAGGGAUAGAGUCAAAGUAGAUAGUGACACUACUAGCUUUGAUGAAAAAAAUAAGACUGGUGAAGAUUCAUCAAGGAUUUGUGACCAAAAUGAAAUGGUUGCACUGGAUUAUUUCUCUUCAACCCCUAGUUUGAAGAAUUCUAAGUACAAGGACAUUCCAGAAAUGAAAAAGGGUUUGAGAGGAGAAGUUGAUGACGAUGACGAGAUCAUCAGUGGCCAGUUGAGGAGCCUAAGAAGGUUGAUACCCGGUGGAGAGGAAAUGUGUAAUGAACAAAUGGUGGCAGAACUGGAGAGCUAUAUAAGUUGUUUGCAAAUGCAGGUGAACAUUCUUCAAUGCCUCGCCGAGACACGUUGA